UCGUGAACGACACGUGUUGGGUGUAUUAUGGGGAGAGUGGUGAAUAGGAUGUAAUGAUGUAGAAAGAAUAUGGUUCUUAGGGGAUUUUAAGGGCCGGAAGAAUCAUGUUGUGGCCGUUUUUUUUUUUCUCAUUUUGAGAGAGUGAGAUGAGAGAAGAGAGAGAGAUGAAGGACGACGACUUUCAAGCCAUGUUAAACGGUGAUUCUGAUCAGCAGGCCGUCUCAAGCAGCUCCAGAAUCUCAUCUCUUUUGGCUUCCAAAGAUCGUGAUUUUCUUCUCUCUCCAACCGGAGCUCAGGUCAAAUUAUUUGAUCUUGAGAGCAAGGUCAUAGGCCUUUACUUCUCGGCCAACUGGUAUCCACCGUGCUGGAAUUUCACCCAAGUUCUGGUUGGAAUCUACGACGAACUUAAGACCAGUGGAUCUAAUUUCGAAGUUGUGUAUGUGUCGUCCGAUGAAGACUUGGAUGCCUUUAACAACUACCAUUCAUGCAUGCCAUGGCUGGCUAUUCCAUUUUCUGAUCUGGAGACGAAGAAAGCAUUGAACCAGAAGUUUGACAUCGAGGGUAUUCCUUGCCUAGUUGUUUUGCAACCUAACGAUCAUAAAGACAAUGCAACUUUGCAUGAUGGGGUGGAACUCAUUUAUCGGUAUGGCAUUCAAGCCUUCCCAUUUACUAAAGAGAGGUUGGACAUACUGCAUGAAGAAGAGAGGGAGAAGCACGAGAACCAGACCCUAACCAAUUUACUAACAAAUCAUGACAGAGACUAUCUUUUGGGUCAUCCGAGAACUGAACAGGUGCCUGUUGCUUCACUGAUAGGGAAAACAGUAGGACUAUAUUUCUCUGCCCAGUGGUGCCUUCCAUGUGUUAAAUUUGCUCCCAAAUUAGCCUCCAUCUACCACAAGAUCAAGCAAACGCUGCUAGAAAAUGGAGAUGAUUUUGAGGAAGACUUUGAAAUAGUGUUUGUGUCAAACGAUCGUGACCAAGAGUCAUUUGACUCCUACUUCGACACCAUGCCUUGGCUAGCCUUGCCUUUUGGAGACCCAGCUGUGAAGGAACUUGCUAAGCAUUUUGACGUGCAUGAUAUCCCUUGUUUGGUAAUCUUAGGCCCAGAUGGUAAGACUGUUACCAAACAAGGAAGGAACUUGAUAAACUUGUACCAAGAAAAUGCCUACCCUUUCACUGAGGCCAGAGUGGAGUUUCUGGAGAAACAGAUGGAUGAAGAGGCUAAGAGCCUUCCUAGAUCGGUUUUGCAUCCCGGGCAUCGCCAUGAGCUCACUUUGGUCUCUGAAGGCAACGGCGGAGGACCUUUUAUUUGUUGCGGCUGUGACGAGCAAGGUUCUGGCUGGGCUUACCAGUGUCUGGAAUGUGGGUACGAGGUGCACCCCAAGUGUGUCAUCACUGUUGCAGAUCCUGCCUCUACAGGCAAUUUGGAUAGUUGAUUCGUGUCAGUGCAGCUCGUGCUGAUGCUAAUAACUCGGAUGCUAUUUGUUUGGGCCUUGGAAUUUGGAUUGCGUCUUUCUGUUUGCUGAUUUAGAAUUGGGAUACUCUGCUAUUCCAAUCUGUUUCUAAUAUGAGUUUCCAAAAUGUAUCUUUUGUUGUUGUUA